AGGACACGACGAGCUGAUCUUGUGCUGGGGCAGUCCUGGCGCAGGCAGGACGGCGUCCAGACCCACGGGUAGCGUAGCAGGGCUCGGGAUGCCACCGUGCUCUGCGAGGACCCAUGCCCUGUGCUGACUCAUCUCACCGCAGAGGACACCCCGAGGGACGCUGGGAGGUGGGCGCUCCCCAUCCUGGCUCUGGAUGUGCACCACAUCACUUUGGGGGCAAAGGUACGGCUGGAUGACGGCUGAGGAUGUGCUAUGGAGCUGGGGUUCAACUGCUCUGAGCUCUGUGAUGGCAGCUCCAGUUUUGGCAGCCAAGAGCAGCAGCAGCGGGCGCUGCAGGAGCUCUGCACUGUCACAGUGACAUCUUCUGACCGCAGUGGGAAGAGCUCCCCGUCCUCUGCUGCUCUCCUGGGAGUUGUGUGGACAUUCCUGACCGGAGGAGUCUUGCUAGCGCUCUUCUUUCUUGUCUUCACAAUUCGCUUCAGGAAAAACAGGAUCGUGAAGAUGUCCAGCCCCAAUCUGAACAUUGUGACCCUGCUGGGCAGUGGCUUGACUUACGCUAGUGCUUACCUCUUUGGGAUUCAGGAGCAGAGCCUACCGUCCGGUGACUCGGUGGAAAAGCUUAUUCAGGUCCGUCUCUGCCUGCUGUGCGUGGGGACCUCCCUGGUGUUUGGCCCCGUCCUGGGGAAAAGCUGGCGGCUCUACAAGGUGUUCACCCAGCGGGUGCCGGACAAGCGGGUGAUUAUCAAAGACCUCCAGUUGCUGGCAAUGGUGGCAGCAUUGGUGCUGGCGGACGCCGUGUUGCUCUUGACGUGGGUAUUCUCUGAUCCGGUCCAGUGUUUCCGAAGCCUCAGCGUCUCACUGCGGGUGACAGAGAAAGGCAUGGCCUGCUCAGUGAGCCAGGUGCAGUCCUGUGCAUCUCUUUAUUCCGAUCUUUGGCUCAUUCUCAUUUUAGGGUUUAAGAGUAUCCUCCUGCUGUAUGGGACCUACUUGGCCGGUCUGACCGACAACAUCAGCUCCCCGCCAGUCAACCAGUCCUUGACACUCAUCGUCGGGGUCAACCUCGUUUUCCUGGCUGCCGGCACUGUCUGCUUAGUUCACCGUUUCUUCCGCGCUUGGCACAACUUGCUGUUUGGUUUUACUUCUGGAGGCAUCUUCAUGUGUACAACCACAAUCAACUGCUUCAUCUUUGUCCCACAGCUCAAGCAGUGGAAAGCCUUUGAAGAAGAAAGCCAAACCGUGAGCCACAUGGCAAAAUAUUUCACCAGUCCAAGCAGGAGCUGCCGCUCGGUGUACAGCGAGGAGCAGCUCUACCAGCUGAUAGGGGAGAAAAACUCCAUGAAGCGGCUGCUCACUGAGAAAAAUGCUGUGAUCGAAAGCCUGCAGGAGCAAGUGAGCAGCGCCAAGGAGAAGCUGAUGAGGCUGAUGUCUGCGGAGAGUGGCUGCAACCCCCAUGCACCAUCAGCGGCUCCCUGCACCCAGAGUGCAGGGCAGCAUGGGGAUGCGCUGGGGGACCGCUGCCCCCUGGAUCUGGAGCGGGAUGGGCGGCAGCCUCCCUGCUUGCUGGGUAUGCCACCUCUUUCCAGUGGUGCUCAGGACCAGAAACAUGUGAGCCACAAGGGACCCGCCGAGCCCUCCCUGCACUCGUUGUACUAUUACCCGGACUCCGACUCCAGCAGCAGCAGCUCCGAGGAGAUGUUUCACGGCUGCAACCGGCCCUGCUGCGAGGUCUGCUUCCAGAGCCCGCGCGGCUCCCUGGGCAGCAGUAGCACAGACACGGACACAGAGCCCAGUGGGCAUGCGGGCCACCGGACAGAGCACCACAGUGGCCUCCAGCCUGUGGUGAAUUUUAAAGAAGAUCUGAAGCCCACAUUUGUGUGACUGGGAGCACCCCUGCACCAAAGGCAAAUGCCCUCCUGCCCCUGAAAUGCUGCGUGUUUUCAGCGAUGUUAAAGCCAUGCAUCCCUCCGAGGGAUGCGUCUUGCUCCGGCAUCUGGGGGUCGGGAAUAAGCCUUGCCCUGCUUUGGGUUGCUGUUUCAGCCCCAGCCUGGUCAGCGGUGACUGCAGACCAUGUUUGGCUGAGAGGUGGUUGGCAGCACUCGGGGAGGUGGCAGUGGUUUUGUCCCGGCUGCUCUGGGCAGCUGCCUGCACCCCACAGAUACCUGGCACGUCUGUCCAUCCCAGUGACAGCAGGGGAAAGACUGGGGCUGGGUGGCCUGCGAGAGCCCAAACUUCAUCAUCUCAGAGGGCUUUCCCUGUGAGUGCUGGGUGAUUCGCACCGGCGGGGAGCAGCACCGCAUCUGGGAAACGUGUGGCUUGUUGCACAGAGCAGAUAUACAUACAUACACGGGACUCCUUCCCUGAGGCUGCCGAUGCCGACCCUCCCACCAGUAUCACACCCAGCUGGAGAUGGGAGACAGCCGGACACCAGGAGCGCUUGCAGGCUCCCGCUCGCCUGGGGCACGCUGCUCCCUCAGCAAAGCAAGGACCUUAGAGCCGGGUGCGUGCAGGAGACUUUCAGGGCGUUUUGGGGUUUUUUUUGUAGUGUCUGAGUGAGAAAAUGGAGUCCAAAGGUGACAUCCCUGGAGGCGUCUUUGCGUUUUGUGUAGUUCAGUUGCGUGGUCAUAGGUGCGACUCAGGUCAGAGCCGAAGGGAAAGAAAAGCUAAGCAAUUGUAAAAGAGGAUCUGAAAGGGUUUUUCUUUUCUUUUUUUGCCUUGUUUUUCUGGGGCUUGUGCCCUUCUGUAUGCCUUUGUAUGGAUGAUGUAGUCUGGAAUGAGGUUUGUUUAAAUUAAUAUGGUCUGUUUAAUUUUUAUCUUAGAAAUACCAAGAACAGUAAAUGCGGUGUGCCCAC